AUGUCUGCCGCUGAUGCUGUGUCGGAAUACAUUCAAAGCUACCGGUAUUCCGUCAUCGACAGCUACAUCCAGAUUGCUGCGACCUGCGUCUUCAUCUACGAUUGCUUCAUAACCCUUGAUCAAGAGCGACAAGUAGUCUGGGAGCGCAAAAUCACUGGUGCCGGCGUCAUUUACUUGGCUCUCCGCUAUACGAGCUUGUUGAAUGCCAUAGCGAACAUCGCAGAUGACAUCAUAAUAUCUUGCGAGCCGGGAGUCCAGCUGCAGCUGACAAUGCCUCCAUCCGUUAUAUUCAGUGCUUACAUUGUUGGCAUCUUGUCCUACGUGGCUUUAUGCUGCAUGUAUCUCGUUCAAGCAGCAUUUGCGGCGAUCCGCGUGUAUGCUAUCCAGGGCAAUCAGUGGCCUAUGGCAGUCAUUAUAAUGAUGCUGGGCCUUGUGCCAGUGGCCACGAACACGAUAAGUGAUGCUGGCGGUUACUGCUACAUUGGCACAACAACCAUUGGAUUCGCAUACAAUAAGUGGGUCGCCUGUUGUCAGCCUAACCCGAGUACAGGCAUCGUGCUGACCACAGUAAACAAAGACGUAAGACAGCCACCUCCGCGCCCCACGUCGGAUUCUGACGGCGAGCGUCAUUCGGACAGUAUUGCUCUUCACACGAGCGUGUGUGAUCGCCUUAAACCUGCUCGUCCUGGCUGCAACAUGGCAUGCCACGCGCGUUACGAGGGCUCUCUUGGCGAGGAGCAACAUCAGGGUGUCGCUCGCUGCCUCACUGUUCAGAGACGAAUCAACACCCUGGUCCUGUGCCGCUUCUUCCUCGACCUCCGGCGACUGUCCAGCACGGACGAUAGCACGGGCACCUCCGCACCUUCGUUCUCCAGCUUCGCCUCGAGGGUUGUUGGAGACCUCGGUGGGAUGCUCGACAUCGCGUUUCGCGCGCCCAGCGAGGACUCAAACACAGACAUCGAGCUUGACGACCCCAACCAACUCGAAUACGACGCAUCACAUACUACGACCAGUCCGACCCUCGAGGGCGGAAGCGGCGGGAAAACUGAGAUGGACAACCACCCAUCGUUUUUGGAAGAAGGCGACUUCUCGAUGACUCGUGACGUCGAGGCGGUCCUUGGUGCUUCCGUCGAUGUUGCAUACACAUCCGAGGCAUGUCCUGGGGCACUAUCUCUGAAGGCAUUCUAG